UUUAUUAUAUUUUUAUCAUUUAGCCAUAUUAAAACGGAAACCCUCCAAAAUUUCAAAGCCCCGAAAUCCAAAUAAUUAAAAAAAAGUCCGCCAACUUAUCCACACGACUCAGCACCACCGUCUCACGAGCUAUGGACGAUUCCAUAACUAUCGACGGCUCCAAUCAGGACUUGGCACUCUCCAAGUCGGAGUUCCUGAGUCGGCAAGAGGUUCUUCGUCGGCGGUCGCGGCGGGUGAAGCAGUUGGGGAGGCUCUAUAAAGAUCACUACUGGAAUCUAAUGGAGGAGCUAAAAAGAAAGCACAAGGAGUACUAUUGGGUGUACGGAAAGAGCCCAUUCAAAGAAGACGAAAAGAACAGCACGGAAGAGAACGAUGGAAAGAAGUUAGGGUUAGGGUUGCAGUUGAAGUGUCAGAUUUCAGAUUGUAAAGAGAAAGCGAUGGCGUUGACGAGGUUUUGCCUUAAGCAUAUUUUAAAAGAUUCAAAUCAGAUACUUUAUCGUGGCUGUAAUUUUCCUAUCAAGAGUGGGCAGAUAUGCAAUAAACCAGUGCUAAGAUCCAUUACUCCUCCUCAUUGCCCUGUUCAUGCUCAAGCGGCUGAAAAAUAUCUUACACGAGCAUUGAAAAGGGCAGGCCUCAAUGUCACUUCACCAAAUAAGCUUGCUCCCAAGUUGCACGUUGUUGUUGCUGAGUAUGUUCACCAGAUUCAAAAUAAAAGAAGAGCUGCACAACAAAAAGCUAUGCCCAAAAUCAAGAUUGAGAAAACUAGUGAAAGCUGAAUAUUUUUCUGCAAAAACAUGUUAAGCCAACAGAAUUAGGUAGUCUAUUGCUGCUGGUGGUGCUUACAUAUUUCAGUCUGGGUCUAGUAGUGUAUCCAAUUGAGUGGAGUUAGAGUAAGAUACUGUGCAACACUGGAUUUGUGCAUUGGAGAUGAUUAUUUCUGCAUAUGAUGUGAAGGUAGCUUUUCGCUGCUGCUCUCUUUUUCUAUUUUUGUUGCAUUUUGAUGAUAAGUUCAUUUAUGUGCUUUGGUCCUGAAAAAAUGCCUUAUUCCUUAUACUUGGCAAAUAAAGAACUCAAACUAUUACCAAAUGUUUUCCUGUGUAUUUCCCAUGUACUAGAAUUUCACUCAUUUAUUUGGAAUUUCACACUGUUGGUCUAUAUGUGUGUCAAAAACUUUCAUUUGGGGCCUAAUUAUGGAAUGACAGAAUCUGUGGCUUGCAUUUUACUUGUAUUUGCUUUUACUGGUUAAAUAUGAUAUAUGCUUUAGUUCUCCUAGGCUUUGUUUGGCAUUGCUUUUUCUGUUGAAAACUGUGGUCUAGUUAAAAAGUGUCAUUUGAAAUUUGUAGCGAAUAAGUGAUGUUUGAAACUUGCAAUGUUUGGCAUUGCUGUGAGAAGGCGUUGUUGUGAGAUCAAAUGUCAAAACGGGACAUAAUAUUGUAAAUUUGUGGAAAAACAUAAUAAGUAUAUAAAAGUAUUUUCUAGCUGAAGACCACUUCUCAAAUUUUUGGUUUGAAAAGCACCUUUCAACCUUAAAAGCCAAAAUUUUUCCAACUUGAAGAAUGUUUGGCAUUGACAUUAUUUUUAAAAGCACUUCCAACCUUUAUGCCAUGCUCACCCUUAGAGUGGUGACUCAAUGCAAAAACUACUAAAGAACAUGAUGGCUUUGAUAUCAUCCACUAAGAUCUUACUUUUUGCAGGCUGUGAAUGGAUUAUGAUCCCGUUUUUCUUUAACUUGAGAUAAAGUUCUUGCAAUCUCUGUUUUCUCGUAACACCAAUCAAGAUGGUUAGCUAAGUUAAAUGGUGGUGUUUUUGGUGUAUUUGGUUAAAGCUGACAUAUAAAUUAGGCAAGACAUGUAAGGGUGCAGCAGGUUCCUGUUCAACUUUCGCACCAUGAUACCUAUAUGUUUUGAUAUCUUUGCUGUGGAAUUUUAUAUGUUUCUAGAAUAUAACUUCCCUUUUGUUUGAAUAUUGUUUCUUAUGUUGGUACGUUUUCACUUUUGUUCCUCUAAUGAAGUGGGAAAAUUAUACCCCCUCUCGAAUAUUUUUUGGCCACGUUUGACUUGGCACUGUUUAAGAAAAAAGUUUUCACUUUAUUACAUUUUAUAUUAAAAGUUUUUAGAAUAUUGGUGUCCAGUUGCUUUUAAUGUCAAAAGACAAAAGAGCAGCCAUGGAAUACUAAUAUAAAAUACGGAAAAAGUACAAGUACUAUUUGUUCAAAAAAAGGAAGA